AUGGCAGUAAGAGGGGCCGCAACGGUGCUGAAGUUGCGAAGGAGAUCCUGCUCUGGUGGAAGUCGCACCACCACUGGACUUGUCUCUCUGAUCGUCAGUCCCAGCAGAACUCAACACUUCACAUCUGUCUCUCUCUCUCUGAGCUGUGAGGAUCAGAGUAACUCUACUGGAUGGAGAGUGAGAAGAUACACAGACGGUGGACGGCUGGAAGAUUGUUCAUCAUUACGUCGAGGAUCACAAACAGGAUCUACAUGUACAAUCAGCUCCACCAUCACAUCAGACACUGGAGUGUACUGGUGUGAGUCUGAAUCUGGAGUGAAACAUCAUCCUGUUAAUAUCACUGUACACUCUGGUGUGAUUCUGGAGAGUCCUGUUCAUCCUGUGACUGAAGGAGAUCAUCUGAUUCUACACUGUUUAUAUCGACAUACAACCUCACCAAACCUCAGAGCUGAUUUCUAUAAAGAUGGAUCACUCAUCCAGAAUCAAACUACAGAGAUGAGCAUCACUACUGUCUCAAAGUCACAUGAGGGUUUCUACUACUGCAAACACCCAGAGAGAGGAGAGUCACCCAAGAGCUGGAUCUCAGUCAGACGAGUCUCAAAUGAUCACUGCUUGUUUCAUUCAGAAUCUCAGAUCUGUUUCCUCAACAUACUCAGUUCUGUACUGACAGUUUGUCCAUAUCUGCUAGUGACAGUUGUGCUGAUUUUCAAAUGCUGCAGAAUGAGAGGGUGGAGACGAGCCGCAGGUGUAAUGGUUUACCUGUGA